AUGGACGAGAAGCACGACAACCGCGAGACUCUCUCGCACCGCGAAGACAUCGCAGAGGAUGCCUCCAGAAAAGGGGUGUUUGCUGAAAUGCACAUGCCCGACAGUCUUCGAGGGCUCUCCGAGGACGAGUACAAGAAAGUCGGCCGCAAGGCAACCCUUAAAAUGGACAUUGUGGUGUUUCCGCCUCUCAUGUUGAUGUACAUCCUGAACUAUCUGGACAGGAACAACAUUGCUGCUGCCAAGCUCGCCAAUAUCCAGGAGGACUUGAGUCUUUCGGAGACGGAAUUCCAGAGCUGUAUAUCUAUCCUAUAUGCGGGAUACAUUAUAAUGCAGGUCCCGUCCAACAUGAUACUAGGAAAGCUGAAAUGGCCUGCUGUGUACAUCUGCGGUGCGAUGGGAGUCUGGGGUGUGAUUUCAGCUGCCCAAGCAGCUGUGACCAAUUUCGCAGGCUUGAUGGUGGCGAGGUUCAUGGUUGGAUUCGUCGAGGCAGUCUUCUUCCCGGGGGCGCUGUAUUAUCUCUCCAUGUUCUACAACCGCAAGCAGUAUGCUUUUCGCGCCGCCCUUUUUUACUCUGGCUCGCAGCUCGGAAACGCCAUUGGGGGAUUGUUUGCUAUCGGGAUCUUGAAGCUGGACGGGGACCAUGGGUUGGCUGGCUGGAGAUGGCUGUUCCUUGUUGAAGGGGUGCUCACUAUCGGCCUUGCCGUGGUCUUUGCGCUCAUCCUCCCAAACUCACUAGAAGGCGUUCCUAGGAUGACAGAACUGGAGCGAGAGUGGAUCACCUGGAAUUACCAGAAAGACCAAGGCCAGCAAGACGACCGCAAUGAAAUCACCGCAACGCAGGGCCUCGUUCUUGCUCUCCGCGACAUCAAGACAUGGCUACUACUUGCCACUCUGUACCCGGUCUUCAUAUCAGCUGGUGUCACGAAUCUGUUCCAGCCUGUUAUUGCGACGCUGGGCUAUUCGCGCACUAUCACUUAUGCCCUGAGUGCGCCGCCCUUCAUCCUCUGCUGUAUCGCCAUGAUGGCCACUGGGUAUAACUCAGACAGAACGGGGGAACGGUAUUACCACAUCGUCCUACCGCUCGGAGUAACCAUCAUCGCAAAUGUCAUUGCAGUGGCCACACUAAAUACAGGUGCGCGGUACACAGCCAUGAUGCUAAUGCCUGCCUCCUUCUAUGCAGCUACGACAGUGCUUUACUCCUGGAUGUCAGGGACACUCAGCCAGCCGGCCCCGAAGCGAGCGUCGGCCAUUGCGGUUAUUAUUUCUAUCUGCAACACUACGAAUGUUUGGACUCCGUAUCUAUACAACGGGGCGCCACGGUACCUUGCGGCGUUUGCUGUGAAUCUUGCCGCUGCCGUGCUUGCGAUCCUUAUGGCGACUGUGAAUCGCAUCUAUCUGACCCGACAGAACCGCAAGCUUGAUCGGGGGGAAUCAACUGGCAAGAGUGGCCCGACGCCUGCACAGUUGGCGAGUGGAUAUCGGUACUUGGUAUAA